GUCCGGCCAGUCCUGGUCCCACGCUUUGGAAGCAUAUCAAUGUGGGAGAACAUACCACCCAAGCAGCUUUGCUCAUGGAUCUCUAAGUCCCAAAAAGACUUAGCAAAGUCCAUCCUGAUCGGGGCUCCAGGAGGGCCGGCGGGGUAUCUGCGGCGGGCCAGUGUGGCCCAACUGACCCAGGAGCUGGGCAAUGCCUUCUUCCAGCAGCAGCAGCUGUCAGCCGCCAUGGCAGACACCUUCCUGGAGCAUCUCUGCCUGCUGGACAUCGACUCUGAGCCCGUGGCCGCUCGCAGCACCUGCAUCAUUGCCACCAUCGGGCCAGCAUCUCGCUCCGUGGAGCGCCUCAAGGAGAUGAUCAAGGCCGGGAUGAACAUUGCGCGACUCAACUUCUCCCACGGCUCUCACGAGUAUCACGCUGAGUCCAUCGCCAACAUCAGGGAGGCGGCGGAGAGCUUUGCCACUUCCCCGCUCACCUACCGGCCAGUGGCUAUCGCCCUGGACACCAAGGGACCGGAGAUACGCACUGGGAUCCUGCAGGGGGGCCCAGAGUCGGAAGUGGAGCUGGUGAAGGGUUCCCAGGUGCUGGUGACUGUGGACGCGGCCUUUCGGACGCGGGGGGACGCGAAAACCGUGUGGGUGGACUACCCCAAUAUCGUCCGGCUCGUGCCAGUGGGGGGCCGCAUCUACAUGGACGACGGGCUCAUCUCCCUAGUGGUCCAGAAAAUCGGCCCAGAGGGGCUGAUGACCCAAGUGGAGAAUGGCGGCGUCCUGGGCAACCGGAAGGGCGUGAACUUGCCUGGCGUCGAAGUGGACCUGCCAGGGCUGUCAGAGCAAGAUGCCCGGGACCUGCGCUUCGGAGUGGAGCAUGGCGUGGACAUUAUCUUUGCCUCCUUUGUGCGGAAAGCCAGCGACGUGGCUGCCGUCCGAGCUGCUCUGGGGCCGGAAGGACAGGAUAUCAAGAUCGUCAGCAAAAUCGAGAACCACGAAGGCGUGAAGAAGUUUGAUGAAAUCCUGGAGGUGAGCGACGGCAUCAUGGUGGCACGGGGGGACCUGGGCAUCGAGAUCCCAGCGGAAAAGGUUUUCCUGGCUCAGAAGAUGAUGAUCGGGCGCUGCAACUUGGCGGGCAAGCCUGUUGUCUGUGCCACACAGAUGCUGGAGAGCAUGAUCACCAAGCCCCGGCCAACGAGGGCAGAGACGAGUGAUGUGGCCAACGCUGUGCUGGAUGGAGCAGACUGCAUCAUGCUGUCAGGGGAGACCGCCAAGGGCAACUUCCCCGUGGAAGCUGUAAAGAUGCAGCAUGCGAUUGCACGGGAAGCAGAGGCUGCAGUGUACCACCGGCAGCUGUUUGAGGAGCUACGUCGGGUAGCACCGCUGAGCCGUGAUCCCACUGAGGUCACUGCCAUCGGCGCUGUGGAGGCUGCCUUCAAGUGCUGUGCUGCUGCCAUCAUCGUGCUGACUACAACUGGCCGUUCAGCCCAGCUUCUGUCUCGCUACCGACCUCGGGCAGCAGUCAUUGCUGUCACCCGCUCUGCCCAGGCUGCCCGCCAGGUCCACCUGUGCCGAGGAGUCUUCCCCUUGCUCUACCGUGAACCUCCAGAGGCCAUCUGGGCAGAUGAUGUGGAUCGCCGGGUGCAAUUUGGCAUUGAAAGUGGAAAGCUCCGUGGCUUCCUCCGUGUUGGGGACCUGGUGAUUGUGGUGACAGGCUGGCGACCUGGCUCUGGCUACACCAACAUCAUGCGGGUGCUGAGCAUAUCCUGAGAUGCCCCUCCCUCCUCAGAGCCAGCCUACCCUGCACCCCAUCCCUUUCUCCCUUGUCCACUUCCGUCAACCCACGCCCCUCCAAAGCCCCACCCCUAAGUCUCCUCUUCGCUACUCCCAACCCUCCCUAUCUGAGGCCUGUCCAAGACCACAUCUGCCAUCUGGCCCCAUGCCAGCGUGCCCUGCCCCCCAUUUCACACAGGCCCUGAAAGUCUGUGUCCAAUUAUGCACUGGCCACCCAACAGCACCAACUGUACAUUCCCUGUGUCCAAUCCGCUCAGCUGGCCCUAAAAUGCCCUGAGCCUUUAAUCCCA